UUCAUUUACACAAUUAAAAUAAAUGUCCUUAGUAAUUUUUCUGGUUUCUCCCUAUUCUGUGGACCGAACAACUCGACCACGUCGUAGACGCAUUACACUACAACAACAUCUUCGAAAUAAACUCUUCAAAUAUCAACUGUGAAAUGUUUCUACACGGAGACGCGUUCGCGUGGAACUCCGUGGACGUCCUCGUGGACGGCCAACUGCAGCACGGGCACGUCAUGAACGUCGUGGAAGGUGGCCUGAUCAUUGAUUUCGACUUGGAUGCGCAGCGCUCCGUGUUUGUGGAAUACGGGCGCAUUUGGGAGCGCAGCGGCCCGCAUGAGCCCUACGACCAGACCACGGCUUACCCCGAGCUCUACGGCAGUGACACGCCGUUGCCCGAUCCCGCCAACGCACCCGAUGCCCAGGUGCUGCUGCGCGCCAUGUCCAGCGCGGCCUGGACGUGGCAUCCCGGGAAGGUGCUGGGGAAAUGGGGUUUCUUCAAUCAUAAUGUGGUGUUGGUGCAGGUACAGCUGCCACACGGCGUAGUCCGUGAGCUGUUGCCUGAGGAGCAGGUGCGUGGAGUGGUUCAGUCAUCGCGGCGGCCGAUUGUGGAGAAGAACUUCGUUAUCCGCUGCUGCCCUUUGCCCACGGACUACUGGUCCGAGGCGUCGAACUAUCUGGCGGAGACGUUCAAAUUUCAACUGCGCCAUCAGCAUGAAAUUCGCUGCACCGCCAUCCUCAGCCAGACGCUGCUGUAUCUGCAGUGCCAGACUGCCCCUUCACUGGACGCUGCCGGAGUGGAAUAUUCUUACUCUACGGCAAAAAAAAUCGUCAACAACCACGCGACACUACAUGUGUUUCCCACAUCGAGUGAAAUUGCGAAUGCAGCAAAGAAACAGCGCAAGACAGCUGGCCGUCAGCGCCGAGGCCUGUCGCUGCCACCCGAGCUGUUGGUGGAGAUCCUCCAGUCACUGAACAGCCUAGAGCGGGUCCGCUGUCGAAGAGUCUGUCCCCUAUGGAAUAGUAUUCUCACCACGGAGGCCAACUUCCAGGAUGUGUGUGUAUCCGGGCUGCCGGCGGACUAUAUUCAGUACUGCCGGCAGCCCAUGUUCUGGGUGGUGGCCUGCGUGCUGAAAUGUCUGAACAACCGUCCGCGGACGGUGGUGUUUCGCCAUUUGAAUCUGGGAGAUUGCUCCCGCAUCGUGGCACUUAUUCGCCGCAUCCGCGGGACUGACGUCCGCCUGCCGCAGCUGGUGUUCGACCAGUGCCAGUUCUGUCAAGACAAAGAGAGCAUGUUCCGUGAGUCUGUCGGGGAUAUUAUCUGGAACUUGGUGCUGACCUGUGGGACUGCGGAGCGCGUGCUGGUAAAGCAAUGCCGCAUCAGCGAUAUGUUUCUUGACGCUGGUGUCAACGGGCAGUACACGGUCAGUGCGCAGCCGGAAGCGCUGCUGGAGACACAGCUGUGGGAUCUCGUGGAGAAGAAUCUCGUCCUCAAGAAGCCACUGGAUGUCCAGUGGGUGGUGGACUGCAUUGCCAACCAGAAUCGCGACGAAAUUCAGAGAAAAAUUAUCUAUGGGCUGGAAACUUAUCAGAGCGCCGAUCCCCGUGAAUCCACGCACUACCGCGACUGGCAGUGGACGGUGGACGACGUGAUCCAGCAGCUGGAUGUCAGUAACCUGAGCCGCGUGACGGCGGCCGUCUUCAGUGAAGUCCUGCAGCCAGACCAGUAGUUCGCUGGAACAGUGCCUUUUUGUUUAUUGUGCAGUCCCAAUCUUGUGUUUAACUUUAUUCAUAUACAGUCACAAGGGUGAUUAUAAAGAUGCUUGUAUUGUGGAGAACCACCGACGGGUUUUACGACGUGCAGUGGUGACUGUGGAUCGUGGUGUAUAGACAAACUGGUUGUAUAGAAGUACGUACUUUAUUUGAAGUGUUCCUUGACAGAAUCUAAUCUGGAAUGGAAUAUGGAGUAUGAGCUAUUCAUGAGCCUUAAUCCCUGUGGUGAUGUAACUGAUUUUUUUAGAUGAUGUGAACGCAAGGCGUUGCCUUUUUCUUAAACAU